AUGCCUCUUGCCCAAUUUGGCAUUCGAACUGAAAUAUUGGACGCUAAAAAUUCAGCUUUCUCCAUUUGGUGUAUUCGCUCGGUAAAAUGUGUCUAUCCUACUCAUGCGAUAACCUCGUCUAUCAAAGCACUUGCUUAUGGCUGGUGGGGUGGAAACGCCUUUGGUGGUUCCCAUCGAAUCGUGCUGACGGAUGCCACCAGUCGAGUGAUCGAAGCAAACUCAGUGACCCUAAAGUUGUACGAUGGUUACAUAGGCAUUCAUCUCUUUGGACAGGGACGUCAAUUCUGGCUCCAGACCCUGUUGAGCCUGAGUACAGAAGUCGAGCAAAGUGGAAGUUCCGAUCAGCUCUGGACGAGGCUAGACUCCGUGGGAAGAUCAGGUUUUCGCCUUUUUCAGCAUCGCUCCUCGAAGAUACACCAGCUUCCUAACUUCUCCUCAGCCCAAGCACAAUGCGAGAAAAGACGUCAUGACACAGGUUUGCAUGCGGACAGGCCUGACGAGGGAUUCACAAAUGACAUAGAACCUCUUGAAGAUUGUAGCAUCACCGGUUGCCUGGCAAUUCAGGCCAUCAGAGGGCCGACUACCAUCUUAAGCGCUCGUGGAAGCAAAAUUACUGGGGUCGUUGGAAUCGGUUGGAGGUUUUGUCGGCCACCUUUGAUCCCUCAAGCCCACUACCCUCAAGCCAGCAUACCCUCACACACAUGCAUCAAUGUGUUUAGGCAGAGACGCACAAGAACUCGUCUCUCCCUCCUGCAGACCAGGCUAUGGCAAGGGAAGAGGUUAAAGGUUGAAAACUGUGAGCCUCGAUCGGCUGUGAAAAUUCUGUACUUCUGCGCAAUCCAUCCCUUUGGACGCCGGCCUGCCGAGACGAGCGUCAACAAUCGUGGACGGGGUUGGGGUCGACCGCGGAGAGACAUGGUGAAAGGAGUGGAGGCUGAGACCGUAGAUGGUGUACCACAUGUUGACACACCUGUAGCCCUUACGCUCAACCGACCAGUCUUAGGGGCCACGGCAACGCGUGGCCAAAGUGUGGCCCCCUCAGUUGUCGGAAUACGGCUUUCCUUCUGUCGUCGU